CCUCUUUAGUGAAUUGUUCUUUGGCUAUGGAGGACUAUUCUGAACGGAUAAAUAACACAUACGAGUAUAAUGCGCAUCAUUUAAUAACAAGCACUGACAAGUUUAGGCAGCGUGGUUGUGAAGAGUAAAAGCCGUUCAAUGGAUAUUAAUAUAGCAUUAAUAAGAGCUAUACAGGAAUUCCCUGUAUUGUUUGAGAAAACGGGUUCGUUUCAACAAAAAAUGGAAGCUUGGAAGGAACUCGCAAAACAAUUUGAUAUGUCAGAGAAAUCUUUAAGAGCGCGUUGGCAUAGCUUACUACGAAACUUCCUUAAAGAUGCAAAAUAUAAAUACGGAGAUGAAAUGUCAUACUUGCUUCCACAUUUGGGUAUCGAACAGAAUUUGACUGGCAUCGAAACAAGAAAAGAAUGGCCAUAUGCAAUAGUCCCAGAAUUUGACAUAGCAGAAGAAGAUAUUAAUAAAAUUUGUGUCAACAAACGGCAAGUACAUGUAGAGGUCGAACACGUGACUAAUAAAGUGGAUGUUGUGGUUAUGAAGAAAGAACCAGUAUUGAAUGAAAUAACUGCAUUACAGUACAAUGAGUCGAAUAAAUCUGAUGGUGAGAAGGAGAAGCUAUUAGCAGUUGAAGUAAUAGAAUUUAAAGAGUCCAUUAAACAUGCAAUCGAUGAUGAAGACUUUCUUAAAUUGAUAGCUUCAGAAAUAAAAAAUAUGGAUGAUGCAAAAAAUGCACAGAUCAAAAAUGAUAUUUUACGUAUUUUGUUUCCUUAAAUAGUGUUUCAUUCUUUUGUAUAAUGGCUAAAUAAAUAAA